UAAAAAAAGCCUUCCCCUUCACUCUGCACACUCAGACGGUGGUAGCCCUGGAUCCCUGGCUGAGCGGAGUUCAGGUGCCUUUUGCACAUAGUGAUGACGUUUUACCAAAUACUUCUCCUGUUCUCUGUGGCUGUGGCUCCUGCGGCUGCACACAGUUCCCACCGGACAAAAAGAGGGUUACUUGAGCUUGCAGGAGCCAUCAAAUGCAGCACUGGGAGAUCUGCUUUGGCUUACAUGAUGUAUGGAUGCUACUGUGGGCUGGGGGGUGAAGGGUGGCCCCGUGACAGAGCAGACUGGUGUUGCCACAAGCAUGACUGCUGUUACGGAGACGCAGAACGUCUUGGCUGCCACACCAAAACGGCCAAUUAUCAUUGGACUUGUGAGGACAGGGAAGCUGAGUGCGAGGAUUUAGAGGACAAAUGUGAGAAGUUUUUAUGCAAGUGUGACAGAGAGGCAGCCAAGUGUUUGAGAAAAGCACCUUUCAUCCAGAAAUAUGCACUAUGGCCGGAUUUUCUAUGUGGCCACGAUCACCCAACAUGCAACAUUUACUGACCCAGUGUAAGCAUCUUUAUAUUGAGUGCCUAUUUGUGAAAUAUUAUAAUAAAUACAUCCAAAACAGACUAAAUUAUUAUAUUUUCAGAAUCAUCAUUUUUAUGAGACAUGGAGGCACCUGUUAAGUAUGUGGGUGGGUUUAACUAAAGCAGAAAAUUCUAUACAUGUGAAAUGCAGAGGUGGGCAGAGUACCCAAAACUUGUACAAGAGUUUACUCAACAUUACUUCAAAAUAAUUUUACUCAAGUAAAAGUAAAAAUUAGUCGUCCAAGAAACUACUCAAGUAGGAGUAAAAAAGUACUUGGUAAAAAGUCUACUCAAGUACU